AGUUAAGAGAACUAUUUGUAACAAUCUUGAUAUUUUGUGAAGUAUCAGACCCCCGGCAAUUAUGGGAGACAACCAGGCAUGCGCUUGAAGAAGAUAUUUUACGAAAUAGAAGAAAAAUAUAUAGGCACCCAGAUCUAGAACUCUCACCUGAACAGAUCCAAACAUACACUCUGUUGGAAUUGGACAAAAUACUAAACCGCUCUGGAAAAUCAUUGACAGAUUAUCCAUCGCUCCCCCAGCCAAAAUUUACAGAGGUCAGCCACUUUGAUAACAGACUAAUCCGAGAGGAAUUAAGCUAUGAUACUAAACACCUCACACUUUUGCAUGAACAAAGCAAAGCCUCCUUGAACCAUGAACAACUCACAGUCUACAACGCAGUGGUGGAUGCAGUGCAGAGUGGUAAUGGAGGAGUAUUCUUCGUGUACGGACAUGGCGGAACCGGAAAGACAUUCUUAUACUCAACUAUAGCUGCCAGGCUCAGAAGUCAAAGGAAAAUUGUGCUAACAGUGGCAUCUUCAGCUGCACGGUCUACACACUGAAAAAAAGCUUGAGAAUCCAAGAGGACAUGGGAAAUUCCAUUGCAAAUCAGCAUGUAAAACAAUUCAACAACUGGUUGUUGAAAAUGGGAAAUGGAACCCUACCCUCCAAAACCCUUCCAGAUGAGGACGAGGCCACAUGGAUAGAAAUCCCAGAACAGCACUACAUCCCAAGCACCUCCAAUCACCUCUCAAAUCUAAUAGUGUGAAGAAUGAAGAGGUGCCAGAUGUGAAAACUGAAAUCAACGGUGCCAGAUGGAGCCAAGGGACAGCUGUCCAAACUACCUAACUGCCCCUCCCUAUUUUUAUGUUAAUUUGGUUUACUUACUGUUAGUAGUCUACGUAUAUAUAAGGACUUUUCCUUGCUUGUAUGAGACGGUUGAGAAUAAUAAACGCAAUUUUCCUUCUUGACGUGCUUUGUCUUUCUUGAAAGUUAACAUGGUNAUAGUGUGAAGAAUGAAGAGGUGCCAGAUGUGAAAACUGAAAUCAACGGUGCCAGAUGGAGCCAAGGGACAGCUGUCCAAACUACCUAACUGCCCCUCCCUAUUUUUAUGUUAAUUUGGUUUACUUACUGUUAGUAGUCUACGUAUAUAUAAGGACUUUUCCUUGCUUUUUCGUUUCAGCUUUAAUGGCGGAAGAAAACUCAAUCACUCGAGGAACGAUUGAUAUACACAGCGAACUGUAUUUGCAUCCUAUGGAAUCUCCUAGUUUUGUUCUCGCUUCUCAGAAAUUGAAUGCUGAGAACUUCUCGCAAUGGAGAAGAUCUGCUGAGAUAGCCUUAAGUGCGAGGAACAAACUAGGAUUCGUUACUGGCUCUACUAAAGCACCAGAUCCAAGUUCUCCUUUGUAUCAACAAUGGAUUCGCUGCAAUAAUCUGGUUAUCUCGUGGAUUUUGCAUUCGGUAGAAGCUGGAAUUGCUAGCAGCAUAUUGUAUUGUGAGACAGCUCAAGAAAUUUGGGAAGACCUAGCAGAGAGAUUCAGUCAAUCCAAUGCUCCAAGGCUUUAUCAACUUCACAAAGAAAUGGUUACUUUGGUACAAGGUUCUGAUUCUUUCAUCCUGGUGGAUCCAACAAACCUGUCUAUGGAACUACUCCUAGCGGGAAGAAGUCUAAGUUCUUUUGUCAGCAUUGUAAAGUGUUUGGACACUCCAUUGACAGAUGCUUCAAAAUACAUGGGUAUCCUAAGUCCAACAGGGGCAGUAACACAACUGGAGAGCAAGGGUUCAAUCAAGGGAAGAAACUAGCUGGAAAUGCUGUCACAGAUGGAAAUACUGAAAUUUAUCCGAAUGGUCCUGGUUCCACUCAUUCUAAUGAAUCAAAUGUGUCUCUCACUCCCGCACAGUACAGCCAACUGAUUGCUCUUUUGAGCAAAGAGAACGUUGACAACAGUGAUUUUGGCAAUGCACCAGGCUUCUUUUCAAGUCAUAUGGCUUCCAGUGCUCAAUUAGCAGGAUCAGCAGAAGAGGACUUCUCUGGUGGUUGGUAAAGAAAGUGGAGGACUUUAC